GUGCGUGCGGCAGGUGUAGCCCUGGCCCCACCCACAAGGCAAACUUCUGUCAGGCAGAAAGUUGAUGCUGUCAGUCCCAGCAGAGCAGCGCCGCAGAGGGAGCGUUAACAGCAUCCAGAGUUCCAGAGAAACAGAGAGGACUUCCCUGCUUCGCUCGACAAACUACGGCAGUUGAUAGAAGCCAAAGUUCACAUCCUACAGUCCCCCAUCACUGAGGAGCAACAGGGUUCGGUGUGCGAGGAGAACCCAGGGAGAGGAGGACUGUGGAAGUUUGCAGCUUUGAGUAAAGAGCUGACCUUUCACCUCCAGCAGCUGCAGAGACAGACAGAGCAGGAGCUCAGCAACAUACACACACAACUGUUGCAGAUUGAAGGCCGUCAGCAGCUGCUCGCCACUGAGCUUUCUAAUCUUCGGGAGAAGAAGAAACAGACUGAACAGGAGCUGCAGAGAAACUCCAGCCUUCAGGCGUCCACUUUUCAGCUGUGUGCUUGUCGCGAGCUCCAGACCUCCAUCACCGAGCAUUUGCUCCAGUCAGAGAGGCUGGUGUUCCAAGAGGAGGCACUGAGCACGCUCCGUAAUCUGCUGACCCAAGACCUGCAGAGGUACCAGGAAGAGACGCAGAAACUGACCUGCUUCACACAGAAAAUACUCAGACAAUCCCACAGGUCGGAGGAAACAUUCAGCAGCAGGCAGAGUGACCGCGGCAUGCAGGGAAAGAACGAGACAGAACAAGAAAACAACAUGCAAUCGCCCGAGUCCUAUUCCUCCCAAUCACCCCUUAGUCCUCACACCAAAGAAGAGGCAGAGCAGGCCUGGAGAGCCAGUCACAAGAAGCCGUCUGCAGGCCUGUCCCGCAGUUCAAACCUGCACAGAGCCGGCAGCAUCAAAGACCUGAUCAGUAAAUUCUCUGGUCAGGAUUACGUCUCUUCUUCCGGAUCCCCAAACAGCCCUACUUCUGGAGCAGGACGAGUCCUAAAGUUUGUUUCCAUGGAGGCUCUCAAGUCUCCGACGUCCAAGUCGAGUCCAUCCACACCAACCAGUGUCGGACAAGAAGAGAGUCCAGUUCCCUGCAUCACUGUGACCCCUCCGUUCAGGGAAAACAGUCAGAACGGGGCGCAACCAGCUCAGAAAGAUGCUAAAACUAGUCAGAUCACUGCAAGAAUGGAUUGUCCAGUAGGAGGCAGCGCUGAGAAGACCAAUUCAAAGGCAAAACAAAACAAAACGCAAACUACACACUCUGGUAGAGACUCGGUGGCUGACUCCGGCAUGGGAUCGGAGUCUGAAUUCGAUUCGAACAAGCAGCCAGACAGCCCGUCAGAGGACGAGCCCUCCACACCACGGACCGUGCCGACCAGCCAGAACCCAAAAUAUCAGCUUUUCCUCAACAACGAGAUGAGGACCAAUGGGGUGAGCGGCAGGGAUGCAGAUGGUCCGGGAAGCGGUGGGUCGGUGGGGGAGAACGGCCCCAGGCUGGCCCGAUCGGAGAGCAACCGGCUGGGGACGAACCACUACCGAGGGUCCCUGGAGUCCCUGGCCUCGCGGGACUGGGACACUAUGUCUGAAAGGUUUGGUAAUGUUGACAGCCCUUCCAGGGUGUUCAACAGUCCGUAUGCCACGGCCACCUCCAUGGAUUACAACCCCAUGCACCGAAUGUCUGAGUUCAAGGUUCAGGGUGGACUGUCCCCUGCCACCUCAGAGAUGAACCUGUACAGCUUCAACAGUCGCAGCACCAGUCCAGUGGGCAUGGGCAUGGGCACUCCCACCCUCAGCCCUCGCCCCCGCUUCUCCGCCUACGACACCCUGGUGAGGAGGAGGACCGAGAUCAACACCCCUGUGGUGCCCUCCCACACCCACUACAGCAUGCGCUCUGCCACUCUGGGAGCCCCCAAUAAAAAAGACUACAUAGAGGAGUUGACCAAGCAGCUGGACGCCUGCCAAAAGCGUAACCAGUUCCUGGAAGCAGAGAGUGUGGAGAUGGAGAAGGAGAGGAACCAGAUACGGUUUGAGAUGCGCGGUCUGCUGGUGAACAACGAGGACCUGCUGAGGACCAACACUCAGCUGACCAACGAGCUGAAGAGGAUGAGAGAGCAGAUGAUAGAGAUGGAGAGAGAGAAACAGUCCAUAGGCGAGAGAGUCAGAGAGAUGGAGAUUGAGGUGAAGGAGGCCCGGAACGUGAUGGUGGAGGCAAACACUCAGGAGUACGCCUUCAAUUUUCUGGAGCAGUCGCUCAAAAACAGGAUCAAGGAUGCUGAGGAGAACCUGGAGAAGCAAACGCAGCACACCAAGACUCUGUCUGAGAAGUUGUGGCUGACAGAGAGACAGCUGGAGGAGCUGGAGGUCAACAGAGGAACCAGAGACAAGAAGACAUCUGAACUCAACAGCACCAUACUCAGGCUGGAGACGGAGCUGGGCGAGGCCCUGCAGGUGUCCACACAGGCUACAGCAGAGCUGAACCUGCAGCAGAAGCUGCGUGAGGACAGCACGCUGAGGGUGGAGGAGCUGGAGGAGUCUCUGCUGGAGAAGGAGCAGGAGCUGCAGAGACUGCAGGCCCUCGUCAACAGACUGCAGGGAGAGGUCUCUGGUAAGCUGAUUGAUAAGGAGCAGACGCUGGAGGAGGAGAUCCAGCUGAGGGAGAAGAUACAGCUGCAGUGUAAGCAGGCGGAGAGGAUGGUGGACGACCUCCACAUGGAGCUGCAGACCGCCAACCAGGCCAAAGAAGACCUGAUCAAACAAGUCAAACAGGCUCAGGAGAAGAUGAUCGACCUGGAGAGCGACCUGGAGGAGCUGCACGACAGCGAGCAGAGAUGGGCCGCCAAGCACAAGAGAGCCAUCGAACAGACUGAGCAGCUGCAGCUGAAGCUGAUCCAGGAGAAAGACCUCAACGACCUGCUGGAGACUGACAAGGCUGCCAUGGAGAGACAGCUGCGUGAGCUGCGUCUGGAGGUGGAGGAGCUUCACAGCUCCAGAGUUCAGGAGGACGUUAUCUCCAGGACAGAGAGCAGAGUCAAAGAGCUGGAGAACACUCUGAGGACCGAGGAGAGGAACAAAGCAGUUCUGACAAACACCAUCAGCAAACUGGAGAGGAGGAUCAACGAGCUAAGCGACCAGAUGGAAGAGGAACACAGGAUAGCUACCGAACAGAAAGACCUGAUGACCCAGAGGAUCCGCACCCUGAAGCGUCAGGUGAAUGAGGUGGAGGAGGAGGCGAGCAGGAAGGAGGCGCAGUACCGCCACACCCAGAGAGAGCUGGCCGAGGAGAGGGAGACAAGCAGCCGGCUGCAGAGACAGCUGCUCGACCAGCACAUGCAGACAAAGCGUAAGGAGACUCUGAACAUUCGUCAGACUCUGGACAACCUGAGGCUGGACCUGAGUGUCGACGAUGAGGACGACGAUCAGCUGCUGCAGCAACAGACCGCCAGCGUCACCAAAGUCUAAACCCUCACACUCCCUCUCUCCCGUCCUACAAAACAUAAAGCAUCUUCACACUGACAGCGUCAGGGUGCGUCCACAUGUGACCAAGCUGCCACUUUAUUACAGCCAGGAGGCAUUCAGUCCAUUCUAUUGUGAUCAACACUCAACUUCUCAGGAAAAAAAACAGUAUUGGCUGAGAAUGAGGAGUUCAUAUUCAUCAUCAGGAGUUUCAGCUAUGGAGGGAAAUGGCUAGACAGGAAAAAAGAAGUGUUUUUUUCCCAGCAGGAUUUUUUCUUUUGUCACUGUCGGCUCCAUUUUGCUAGAAGUUGCAAAUGUUGAUGAACACUUUUUAGUUGUUACAGAUUGUAUUUCCCAGUAAGCUCCUAGGAAGUGUCCUGGAAAGAACUGUGUAAUCUGGUACUAAUUACAGGAAAAAUACAGACAAAAUCAUUCAUUUUCCGUGAAAAGAUUUUCUCCAUUUAAACACGUGUAUAUAAAUCCAUAAUGAAUUUAUUACUGGAAACUUUAUUCUCCAUAUAUGUUGAAUUGUAAACCUGCUGAUAGACCAGUUUGACACUCUGACUAAAAACACCAGAUUUUUUUCUACCAUUAGUAUCAAAUGACCUAUUUCUUUGCAGGAAACCUCUGAUGAAAUUGUUAGGAAAUUACUGCCCUUACAGAUGUAUUGCCCUCUCCUGGUGGCCAGCCGGAAUUACAACAGUAAUCCAUUCAUAAACACUCACAAAGAGCAGUGUAGACACAGCCUCACUGUCAGUGCGACUGACUUGGACGCACAAUGAAGACAUGUUUAACAUCAUCUUUUCUCCUUUUCUAUUACAUAGAAUAUUAAAUAGAAUCGUGCCUUGGUAAUGAAUGCGCAGGAGCUUGGUGCAGAGAGACAUAAAGGGAAAGCUUGCUGUGGACAAUAAUGGCAUACAGUGAUAAGGAUUUGAUAAAGAUGCCUUGUUGUUUUUAAUCUGUUCUCGCUACAACAAACCGAAUGAGCUUUACACAGCCAGAAGUACAUUCUGGAGAGAGAAAUUUCUACAAUAUCCAGUUGCACAAAAGCUUUAUGGACUUAAACUCUGACCGACUUAAGUUUGAUGACAUUUAGAACGGGACUUAUUUCAGUUGUUUUUUUUAAAUAUAUUUUUGGAAAAAGUUCAAACUCUAAGAAUCAGCGGUUCCUUGUAAAUGUGACAAACUUCUCAGAUUUUGCGUUGUUUGUUUUUAUUUGUUGGAGCUUUGCUGAUUUCCCCUGUUAGAAGCUGUGUAGUUUAACACAUUCACCUGCAGUAUUUGAACAUAUUCCACACUGGUUGCUGACACAUUACUGACUGCAGAGGAGGGACCUUUGGAUGUGAUUGUAGCUGUUUUUGAUUCACACACAAUUACGAGAUUAUUUAUAUUGAACUUUGUUUAUGUUGUUUUUAUGAUUUGAAGAUUAUUGAACUUUCUGUGUUUGCAAUUGCUUGCGGGGCAAAGAAAUGAUUGUAGAGAAUGACAUUCUUUUGUAUUAUUUUAGAGAUGUGUUUUGUUAAAGGGGUUUACCGCUGUACUGAUACUUGCUGUGCUUCCCACAUACAGUAUCUGGUUAGGAAAAAAAAAAAAAUCUCACUACACACUUGGCAUUAACUCUGCGUCUUUAUUAAUUUUAUCAAAAUUCACUAAUGUCACAAAAAUAAAAAAGUUUUAAAAUGUUUAAAAACAGCUGAGACGUUUUAGUUCUCAUAAGUAGAAUAAAUGUCUGAGUACAGUUUGGAUCCAAGAUGUGUGUUAAUGCAACUUGUGGAAGAGGAAAAAAAGUAGAAUAUUAAUUAGAAACACAGUUUAUAUGCUAUGUGGUUUUCUGUAGCAUCUGUUUAAUGUGUUAAUGUGUGUUUUCUUUUCCCUUUAAAAGAAAACUAAGCGCACAGACAGAAACAAACAGGGCUCGGUUGUUGGUUUCAUUCUCAGAUACUGACUGUGGCCAAAAAGUUUGCCAAUACUUUAAUUUGAAAGAACGCUCACUUCCUGAGCAGUGAGUACGUUGAACCCAGGCAACCGUCCACGCUCCCUGCUUGAAGGAUGUCUGUCGUGAACGCAUAAAGCUAAUACUCAGAUACAGUUUGGAUUCUGUUAUGUUUACAUUUGUUGGUGUCUUUUGCUUUUUUGGAAACAGGAGUCUAAAUCAUAUUUCAGCUGUUGGGAAUGUAAAUGCUACACCGUGUCACUAGUGUUUUAUUUUUAAUUUUUAAAAUUGUAUCUUUUCUCACAACGAAAGAAAGCAAGGGUGUCUACACAUAUGUAAAAAGAAAUUGAACACACUGACUAUUUUUGUAACUACCUUCAUUCUACCGGUUCUGCUGUUCUCGGGUAUUUAUUUUUGUUUUUCCCAUUCUCUCUUUUGGUGAGAAGUUUCUUAGUACAAAAUGCAAAUAAAGUCUUCUCCACUGUGAA